CUCUCCUCUGCUCUCAUCCUUCUAGACCUAUCGGCUGCCUUCGAUACUGUGAACCAUCAGAUCCUCCUCUCCACCCUCUCCGAGUUGGGCAUCUCCGGCGCGGCCCACGCUUGGAUUGCGUCCUACCUGACAGGUGGCGAAUCGCAUCUCUGCAUGUCUGGCAGACAUAUCAGUGUGGAUGACGGAUCACCACCUCAAGCUGAACCUCAGCAAGACGGAGCUCCUCUUCCUCCCGGGGAAGGACUGCCCGUUCCAUGAUCUCGCCAUCACGGUUGACAACUCCAUUGUGUCCUCCUCCCAGAGCGCUAAGAACCUUGGCGUGAUCCUGGAUAACACCCUGACGUUCUCAACUAACAUCAAGGCGGUGUCCCGUUCCUGUAGGUUCAUGCUCUACAACAUCCGCAGAGUACGACCCUGCCUCACACAGGAAGCGGCGCAGGUCCUAAUCCAGGCACUUGUCAUCUCCCGUCUUGAUUACUGCAACUCGCUGUUGGCUGGGCUCCCUGCCUGUGCCAUUAAACCCCUACAACUCAUCCAGAACGCCGCAGCCCGUCUGGUGUUCAACCUUCCCAAGUUCUCUCACGUCACCCCGCUCCUCCGCUCUCUCCACUGGCUUCCAGUUGAAGCUCGCAUCCGCUACAAGACCAUGGUGCUUGCCUACGGAGCUGUGAGGGGAACGGCACCUCAGUACCUCCAGGCUCUGAUCAGGCCCUACACCCAAACAAGGGCACUGCGUUCAUCCACCUCUGGCCUGCUCGCCUCCCUACCACUGAGGAAGUACAGUUCCCGCUCAGCCCAGUCAAAACUGUUCGCUGCUCUGGCCCCCCAAUGGUGGAACAAACUCCCUCACGACGCCAGGACAGCGGAGUCAAUCACCACCUUCCGGAGACACCUGAAACCCCACCUCUUCAAGGAAUACCUAGGAUAGGGUAAGUAAGGGUAAGUAAUC